AUGGCAACUCGAACUGGCGGUGGUGUGGUACACAUUGUGGACGGUGUCACAUCAGUUGAUUGCCAUAAUCGAGUUCGUUCAUGGAGUCUUCUUCGAUCAGUCAUGUGGUUCAUCAUUCCAAGUUGCACUCGAAACAACUCUGAUGAUCAACAACUUCAAAGACAAAGAGGAGCAGACUAUUACUAUAACAACAGGUACCUUCAUUAUUUACAACCACGUCGAAGUCGUUCAGUGUCACCCCCCAUUUGUACUAACACCACAAUUUCCACCUCAAGGAUCAAUAACAUUUCGACAGGCACAAUCUUUGGAUACCGCCACGGAAAGGUUAAUUUAUGCUUUCAAUCAAACCCUAACUCUAAUAUUCCAACCCUUCUUCUUGAACUUGCCAUCCCCACAGCUGUUCUCGCAAAGGAAAUGAGAGGUGGGUUACUAAGAAUUGCACUAGAGUGCAACACCGAAUCACGGCAUUCAUCUUCUCCCCAUCUCUUGUCUGCGCCAGUUUGGACUAUGUACUGUAAUGGGAGGAGGGUUGGUUCCGCGACUAAACGCGUGCCAUCACUAGCUGAUAAGAAAGUACUUUGUUUGAUGCGGAAUGUUGAUGAGGGUGUGGGCAUUAUAAAUGGAAAAACUUUGAGAAACUCUAUUGAUGAUAAUAAGGAGGUCAAUCAACAUAACCAGGAUGACCUUAUGUACUUACGGGCAAAUUUCGAAAGAAUAUAUGGUUCUCCGAAAUCAGAAUCCUUUCAUUUGAUCAAUAAAGAUGGAAGUAAUAGUCAACAACUCAGUAUCUUCUUCAUUCGAACAGGAUGA